AUGCCUCGUGGUCACAAGAGUAAGCUCCGUGCUCGUGAGAAACGCCGCCAAAACAGAGCUGAGACACAAAGUCUUCAGAGCGCUGAGGCCGCUACAGAAGAUGCAGAGGCCGCCUGCUCCUCCUCCUCAGUUCUAGCAGACGCUCCCUCAAGUGCCACUGGUGCUGGUCCUCUCCAGACACCUUCGAGUGACCCAGCCAGCACCAGUGCUGCUGCAGGUGUUUCAGGCAAAAGAUCUGCUGGAAAAGCCAAAGGCCGAGUUUGGAAAAGUAGAAGUUCCUCCCAGGCCUCACCUUCCCCUGAGAGCUUUGGCCUAGAUAUCCUCACUCAGAAGGCAAGUCACUUGGUAGACUAUCUUCUGACUCAGUAUCAAAUGAAGGAGCCCAUUAGAAAGGCAGACAUGCUGAAGAUAGUCCACAAAUGGUACAGAAAGGACUUUCCUGAGAUUCUCAAGAUGGCCUCAGACCACAUGGAUCUGGUGUAUGGUCUAGAAUUGAAAGAAGUCAAGCCCAAUGGUAACUUCUACACCCUGGUCCAGAAUGAAGAUGCCGCCAGCGAUGAGAGUCUGAGCAGAGCCUGGAGAUUUCCUGUAAAAGGGAUUCUGAUGCCUCUCCUGAGUGUGAUCUUCCUGAAUGGCAACUGCACCUCUGAGGAGGAGAUCUGGAAAUUCCUGAGUAUAAUGGGCAUCUAUGAUGGAAAGUCUCACUUCAUUUUUGGAGAUACCAGGAAGCUUAUCACCCAAGAUUUGGUACAGGAAGAAUACCUGGUGUACCGGCAGGUGGCCAACAGCGAUCCUCCACGCUACGAGUUCCUCUGGGGUCCAAGAGCCCACGCUGAGACCAGCAAGAUGAAAAUCCUGGAGUUCGUGGCCAAGAUGAAUGAUAACGUCCCCACUGCCUUCCCAGCCUAUUACGAAGAGGCUUUGAAAGAUGAGGAAGAGAGAGCCCGAGCUGCACCCAGGGCUAGCAGUCCUUCCAAGAACGUUUCUUUAGGUUCAGAAUGGAAGUUUAAGAAUGACAGGGAUGACACAUGUAUUGCCAUAUACCAGGUUAGCAGUAAGCGUGGUCUUAUUGAAAUACAAAUUGGGACUCCUUCGAUCACUUUUGUGAUCCAGAAGAAGAGCCAGGGUCUUUCCCGGUGCGCCCAGGCCGCUGCUUUCCGGUUCAGGGCGGAUUCUCAGGCUGCGCCCGGAGUCAACCUGAGGACCUACAGGGCGACCUUCGGAAACCACAGCUCUCCAAGAGGGUCAGAACUGCUUUCAAAACAAGGGCCUGAGGGGUUAAGAGUUGACAUCUAUCCUGAAAAGCAGGCUGCGAAGAGCAGCAAUCCUGCCUUCAGCACUGGGAGGCACCAGGAGGAGGAGACAGAUAAAAACGGAAGUAAUAUCCCCUCUAGCGCCAUCAUGCCUCGUGGUCACAAGAGUAAGCUCCGUGCUCGUGAGAAACGCCGCCAAAACAGACCUGAAACCCAAAGUCUUAAGAGUGCUCAGGCAGCUACUGGAGAGGAAGAAGAGGCCACUUGCUCUUCCUCUUCUGUUCUGGCAGAUGCUGCCUCCAGCUCUGCUGGUGCUGGUCCUCUCCAGGCAUCUCUGAGUGACCCAGCCACCACCAGUGCUGCUGCAGGUGUUUCAAGUGAAAGAUGCCCUGGAAAAGCCAAGGGCCAUGGUAGUAAAAGUAAACAUUCAUCUGGGGCUUCAGCUUCCACUGGGAUCCCUGGCAAAGAUCUUCUAAAUAAGAAGGCUACACAGUUAGUAGAGUACCUGAUAUAUCAGUAUCAAAUGAAGGAGCCCAUUAGAAAAGCAGACAUGCUGAAGAUAGUCCACAAAUGGUGCAGGAAGGACUUCCCUGAGAUUCUCAGGAAGGCCUCUGAGCACAUAAAUCUGUUCUUUGGCCUAGAAUUGCAAGAAGUCAAGCCCAGUGGUAACUAUUACAUACUUGUAGACAGUCAGGGUGACACCAGCUAUGGGGAUCUGAGCAGAGGCUGGAGAUUUCCUAUAAAAGGGAUUCUGAUGCCUCUCCUAAGUAUGAUCUUCCUGAAUGACAACUGUGCCUCUGAGGAGGAGAUAUGGGGAUUCCUGAAUAAUUUGGGCAUCUAUGAUGGAAAGAGUCACUUCAUUUUUGGAGAGCCUAGGAAGCUUAUCACCCAAGAUUUGGUGCAGGAAGAAUACCUGGUGUACCAGCAGGUAGGAAACAGUGAUCCUCCAUCCUAUGAGUUCCUUUGGGGUCCAAGAGCCCACACUGAGAGCGGCAAGAUGAAGGUUUUACAGUUUUUGGCCAAGCUCAAUGAUAGUGAACCCACAGCUUUCACAGGUUAUUAUGAAGAGGCUUUGAAAGAUGAGGAUGAGAGAUUCCAAGCUGCACCCAGACCUAGCAGUCCUUCCAAGACCAGUGGGCACCCCAGAGCCACAUCCAGUCACUGCUCUCCCCCUGAGUGA